CGAGCAGAUGCUAGCCUUUAUGGGUCGUUGUGGGUUUUUCGAAGCUUAUUGUAGUGGUGCGAGUGGCCGUGACGGUACUGUGGUAGCCGGGUGGGAUCAUACGCGCCGGGGAGAUACGGUAGCUAGCUAAUAACUUGUGACGGACUGAAUCCAAAAAGAGGCAUUUUACGAGAUAAAUAUCCUAUGUGUGGUAAUUCAGUGGUAACAUUUGUUUCCAUAAUAAUUGCGGCGAGGAAAUAUAGUUAUAAAGGGCGAGGCGCUGUGUGUGCUUCUUUUUAGGGGAGCAUAGCGUCGUUUGCUGUCAGACAAUGUACGGGAAGUUGUGAGAAACAGUCGCGUUUCCAGUUUAUUUUCCCCUUUGGAUGUAUAUUUCAAUUCUCCGCCGUUUGGCUCUGACUGCCCCGUCAGGUGUCGGCUAUCUGCUGGACAAGGCGACGUGUCCCCUUUCUUGGAUGAACUUACAUGGCGAAGCUGCUUUCGCUUUCGACGGUCCCUCCGAUUCUCGCCACCCGCGGCACCAGCCUUUGGUCGAUAGAAAAUUAGCUGGUUAACUAAUGCGUGGCUUAAAGAAGUGGUCUUGUGUAUAUGUUGUUUUUUUAUAUAAACACCAGUGUUGUUCUUCCCGUGUCCCGGCUUGAGGAAACUUUGGCUGCUCUGAGGGCGAAAUGAAUGGCGUGGCGGCGAGACAAAAGGCGUCCGUCAGCGAAGCUGAAUCUUCCUUUCUGGAGAAGAAUAGCUUGUGGAGUGUCCGGUGGUAGUCAAAAGGGAUCUUCAGAUAUGCCAGGCAGCUCCCAGAGCAUGAAGAAGACCAUUGGUCACAGAGGGGUUGACCCCACAGGAGAGACCACCUACAAGAAGACGACCUCCAGUGCCCUCAAAGGUGCCAUCCAGUUGGGCAUCGCGCACACCGUGGGCAGCCUGAGUCAGAAGGCUGAGAGGGAUGUCCUCAUGCAGGACUUUGUGGUGGUAGAGAGCAUCUUCUUCCCCAGUGAAGGGAGUAACCUGACCCCAGCCCACCAUUACAGCGAUUUCCGGUUCAAGACCUACGCCCCUAUCGCCUUCCGCUACUUUCGGGAACUCUUCGGUAUACGGCCAGAUGACUACCUGUAUUCCCUGUGUAACGACCCCCUGAUUGAGCUCUCUAAUUCUGGCGCGAGCGGCUCCCUCUUCUACGUCUCCAGUGACGACGAAUUCAUCAUCAAGACUGUGCAGCACAAAGAGGCAGAGUUUUUGCAGAAACUACUGCCUGGAUACUUCAUGAACCUGAACCAGAACAAGCGCACGCUGUUGCCCAAGUUCUACGGGCUGUACUGCGUCCAGGCGGGUGGCAAGAACAUCCGCAUCGUGGUGAUGAACAACCUGCUGCCAUCUGCUGUGCACAUGCACCUCAAGUAUGACCUGAAAGGCUCCACUUACAAGCGGCGUGCCUCGCCCAAGGAGCGCGAGAAGGCCGUGCCCACCUUCAAAGACCUGGACUUCAUGCAGGACAUGUCUGAAGGACUCCUGCUAGAACAGGACACCUACAAUGCCCUGUGCAAGACCAUCCAGAGGGACUGCCUGCUGCUGCAGAGCUUCAAGAUCAUGGACUACAGUCUGCUGAUGGGCAUCCACAAUGUGGACCAGGCCUACCGGGAGCGAGCCGGCGAGGGUGCCGGUCCUGAAGGAGCGAUUUCUUCAGAUCAGAAAAGGCCACCGGGCCAGAAGUCCUUGUAUUGCACUGCCAUGGAGUCCAUUCAGGGAGAGGCGCGAGGCAAGGGGGCACAUGACUCGGAGGACCAGAUGGGCGGGAUUCCGGUACGCAAUGGCAAGAAUGAGCGGUUGCUGCUCUACAUCGGCAUCAUCGACAUCCUGCAGUCGUACCGGUUUACCAAGAAACUGGAGCACUCGUGGAAGGCACUGGUGCACGAUGGGGACACGGUAUCGGUGCACAGGCCGAGUUUCUACGCAGACCGUUUCCAGCGCUUCAUGUGCAGUAGCGUCUUUAAGAAGAUCCCACUGAAAACGUCGCCUUCUAAGAAGAGCCGCUGUGGAGGGCAGGCAGGCCUGCGGAGGACUCAGACGGUACCCUGUGGGCCUUCCCAGCAGUCGCAUGGAGCCACGACAUCAGGCAUCGAUUCCCGGAUCGUUUACCGCUCCCACCUGAGUCACAUGGAGUCCGAAGUUGAAAGUGGCAUGCAAUCAGGCCGUCCAGACUUGCUGCCAAGAAUGUCUCCCUUAGAUGGUGUAGCUGACGGCAUAGGAGAAACGACCGCCUCCAGGACGUCUGAAGCUUCCCCUCCCUUAUGCUCUGUUGGAGUCGAAGUGCACAAAUCGCCCAGUGUAGACCAGGACUGCAGCAGCCCCCACAGGGUUGAAGAGACAAUCCCAGAGGAGUUCCAAGCCAGUGCAGAUGUAGUUUCUUGCCAAGACACUGUCCUGGAGACCAAUGUCUUUUUUUGAAACAGAAGGGUGUCUCUCCAAGUGAGAAAAUGGAUUUUUUUCCCCUUUUCCCUCAUUCCUUUGAACUUUUUUUUUGGGCUAAGCACUCUUUAGUGGAGAAGCUGGCCUGGUAAUUUUGGGGUGGAGGAUUUGUUAGGGCUGAGUGCUUUGGCUUGUCUGACCAGUCCUUCACGACCAUAGGUCCUUGCUGCUAGGAAAUUCAACUACGUUGCAGGUGCUGUAUUACUACGCUGACUUAAACUGUUCAAGUCCUGCACACAGCUGGUGUUACAGCGUUUGUUAGUGAACAGAUUUGCCAUUUCAUUGGAGUCUGGGUCACAUUGCAUUUAAGUGCCUGAUUGUGAGUUGUGCUUUUCAGUAUUUGGUCAGUUAAUAAAAUAGGUCCCAGGGCAAAUAAAAUAAUGUUUUCCAGGUGGAAAUCUGACAAAGUAGAUAUUCAAAGAUCAGUUGAUACACUUGCAUUUCCAUUAUGUUGGGUUUGUAUAUGCUAGAUCUUUGCUGCACCUGCACUCUACUGCUCAGCAACUAUUUUGUACGAAAGGGCAGUUUAGAUCAGUGUUUCUCAACCCGGUCCUCCGGGGCCCCCAGAUUCACGUUUUUGCUUCCCCCAGCUUCCUGCCAGAGUACUGGGAGCAAAAAAUGUAUAGUCUGGGGGUCCCCAAAGACCCGGCU